AUGGUUUUUUUUUGGUACAAAUUAAGAAGCAAAUUUAAUUCGUUUUGUAUUUGUUUUCAAUUUUUGAAUAAUCAGAUUUUACGUUUAAUUUUUGUGCGUCUUACAGUUUCAUUUUUUUUUCUUUUUGUAAUAAGUAUUUAUCAUUUUAUUGAAACUGAAAGACGGGUGGAAGGAGGGUGGGACUCGACUUGCAGCUACCUCCGCGCGAUCACUGUUUUAAUUAUUUCUGUUUAAUGAUGAUAAAUGUUGAAAAAUGUUGAUGUGAAUUCUACUUUGCAACCUGUUCAGAAGUAGAAAUUGUCACGCCACUAUGGACGAUCUCUCUACAAAGAAAUCAACAAUAUUCCUCGCAGUCCCUGUCCGCUGUAUUGAUAAUAAACUAUAGAUAAAGGAUAACUUUAAAAGCAAACUUUAAUGAAAACUAAAGGCAGUCAGGUAAUUUUUUUUUUCCAAAAACAAAAACGAAAUGCCACUUACUAGCAAUUUACUAUAUAAUCUUGCCAUUUCAGAUUCUUUCUACAGUAUAUUUAAAAUUGUAGAACACAUAACUAUAUAAAGCAAAACAGAGUCCACCUAAAUAAUAUGUACCCAUUAGUAGACUAUUACUAUGUACAACUACAAUACUACAAAAUUAUCACAUCAACAUAGUAAAAUCUGAUAAUCAAAAAUUUUUAUGCAUUUAAUAUCUUCACGCUGAUGUUAGAUCCUAAGCGAAUUAUACUUCGACGAUGAUAGAAAAAUGCCAUUCAAAAAUAUCAAUUGUUAUAAAACCUAAUAGACUUUACAAUGAAUACAUAUAUCAUUCUUAUUAUCACUUUUCCAAUUUUCUUAUAUUAAUUGUUAGCUGUAAAAUCUAAUAAAUUGUAAUUUUCAAAAUAAAUCAAUAUAUAAUUGAAUAUCA